AUGCUCGCGAUUUUGUUCAUCAGUAAUCUGCUGAUAACAUACGUCGGAACAGCAUUUGUGUUGAAGUCAGAUCCUUUCUGGGAUCCUCCUACUUUUAUACCCAUUAUUGGUAUGCUCUUAGGUAACUCGAUGGGCAGUGUCGCUAUGGCCAUUGAGCGCUGUUUGGACCAGUUUAGUACACAUGCACCCAUGCUUGAAACACGUCUUUCUUUUGGUGCUUCAAGAUAUGAAGCUUCUUUACCGCUGGCGGUAGAUGCUAUUCGUGUCGCUUUGCUUCCUGUUAUUACUCAAUUAAGUGUCAUGGGAAUGAUUAACAUUCCUGGUAUGAUGACAGGUCAGAUUAUGGCUGGUACGCCCAUGAUGGAAGCUGUUAUUUAUCAGCAAUGCAUCAUGUUCAUGGUUGCUGCCAGUAGUACAUUGGGUGUCGUUAUGUCUGUAGCUGUAAGUAACAACAAACUAGUUUUUUUUUCUGACUUUUUUUUUUUUUUUUUGAUAGGCGUGUAUGUCUGUACUUAUUGA